GCUGAGCGCGGAGCCGCGGCGGGCGCGGGAUCCCGGCCGGGGCGCGAGCCGAGCACAGCCUCCCUCUCCAGCCGGGCCGAGCGGGCACCGCGGGCGGAGCGGGGCGAACGCGCCAGUGGGCGCAGCGGACAUAGAGCGCCGGGGCCGCCGCCGGGGGGGGGGAUGAGGCUGCCUCCCCGGGCCGGCGUGUAGAGAGGGCGGGUCCCCGGCCUCGGGAGCGCGGCGGUGGAGGGGACAGAGGCGGCGGCCAUGGCGACCCCCGGCAACCUGGGGUCCUCCGUCCUGGCGAGCAAGACCAAGACUAAGAAGAAGCACUUCGUAGCGCAGAAAGUGAAGCUCUUUCGGGCCAGCGAUCCGCUGCUCAGCGUCCUGAUGUGGGGGGUAAACCACUCGAUCAAUGAACUGAGCCAUGUUCAAAUCCCUGUUAUGUUGAUGCCAGAUGACUUCAAAGCCUAUUCAAAAAUAAAGGUGGACAAUCACCUUUUUAACAAAGAAAACAUGCCGAGCCACUUCAAGUUUAAGGAAUACUGCCCGAUGGUUUUCCGGAACCUGCGGGAGAGGUUUGGAAUCGAUGAUCAGGAUUUCCAGAACUCCCUGACCAGGAGCGCACCCCUUCCCAACGACUCGCAGGCCCGCAGCGGGGCCCGGUUCCACACGUCCUACGACAGGAGGUACGUCAUCAAGACCAUCACGAGCGAAGACGUGGCCGAGAUGCACAACAUCCUCAAGAAGUACCACCAGUAUAUAGUGGAAUGUCAUGGGAUCACCCUUCUUCCCCAGUUCCUGGGCAUGUACCGGCUCAAUGUUGACGGAGUUGAAAUAUAUGUGAUUGUUACGAGGAAUGUGUUCAGCCACCGUUUAUCUGUAUAUAGGAAGUACGACUUAAAGGGUUCCACAGUGGCCAGGGAAGCUAGUGACAAAGAAAAGGCCAAAGAACUGCCAACUUUAAAGGAUAAUGAUUUCAUUAACGAGGGUCAGAAGAUUUAUAUUGAUGACAACAACAAAAAGGUAUUCCUGGAAAAACUGAAGAAGGAUGUUGAGUUUCUGGCGCAGUUGAAGCUCAUGGACUACAGCCUCCUGGUAGGAAUCCACGAUGUGGAAAGAGCUGAGCAGGAAGAAGUGGAGUGUGAAGAGAACGACGGGGAGGAGGAGGGGGAAAGCGACGGCACCCACCCCGUCGGAACCCCUCCCGACAGUCCCGGAAACACGCUCAACAGCUCCCCGCCCUUGGCUCCGGGCGAGUUUGACCCAAACAUUGAUGUUUAUGGAAUUAAAUGCCAUGAAAACUCGCCUAGGAAAGAGGUGUACUUUAUGGCAAUUAUUGACAUUCUGACUCAUUACGAUGCAAAAAAGAAAGCUGCCCACGCUGCAAAAACUGUUAAACACGGUGCUGGCGCGGAGAUCUCCACCGUGAACCCAGAACAGUAUUCGAAGCGCUUUUUGGACUUUAUUGGCCACAUCUUGACGUAACGUCCUGCACGGCCACGGAGAGAUGUGAGCGUGGGAAGGACAGAGGUGGCUUCGGCGCAGGAAAAAUGAAAACCAAACUCAGUGAAGCACACCUCCUCGUUUACACCUUCAGGCCAAGAUGACUGAUUUGGGGGCUACUCGCUUUAACAGCUACCUGAUAUUUCCCAGCAUCAUUCUAGCUAUUUCUGACGUGCGCGCGCGCGUUUGUGUGUGUGUGUGUGUGUGCGUGUGUGUGUGUGCGUGCAUCUUAAACAUUGAUCAGUGAAAACCAACCAGCUUUGGUCAGAGUGUGUUGGGGGCAACAACCCUCUGACUGCAGCUGUCGACGAAUGAGUGAGUGAGCGAGCGAGCACCUGCAGGGGGCGGGGAGAAGGCUGCGCAUGUCAGACCGACCAGGUCGGCACCACACGAGAAACUGUGGAUCAGUUUAUUUUUUGGAGUUGAAAGAUGUGAGACAGUAUUCGUAAUAAUAAUGAAGAUAAUAAUAAUGAAGAUAAUAAUAAUGGUGAUUAAAAGAGGGAAAAAAACUUACCGCAAUUGUCACACUCUACUACGCACGCUGACACUCCUUCUUAACAGUCAUACCCCGGCCCCGGGCGGAGGAGGCUGGCAUCCCCCGUGCGUUCUGGUUCAGGUGUCGGGAUUCCCAGUGUCCAGGGACACACGCCCCUCGUUCGGCAGGAAGCUGAUGCCCCUGGUGACUCUCUCUGUACAUUUUCACCUCAGUAAAUAUGUCCAGGAAAACUGCUUCUCUUUUCUUGCCUGGAGCUUCUUCACUGAUACACUCUUAUGUUGCAAUAUAGGAAUUAAUGCUACAAAAUAAAAUAAAGCUUUCCUUAAAAGUGCAUCGUUUUGGGCAAUGGUAUCUGCAUCUCCCAGAGUGGGAAGGCAAGCAAAGCAUUUAGAAUUCUCAAUUCUCCUGUUAAACCAUAGUAUUUUGUUAUGAAUUAUCCCUUUAAUUGAAACCCUCAAUAUUACUGUUUACAUUAUUAGGAAAACAGGGAUUUUUUGAAUCUAAAAAUUUAAUGUACAGCAUGUGAUUUCUGAAGUUUACAUGUAAAGUCACUUGACAGUGUAGGUGAAAUAAUGUUUGUCCUAUUUUGAAAUGUAUCCUGCAGUCACAUUUUGGGGUGAAUGUUUUAUUCAAAGUACCUGGUAGGCAGUCUUUUACAGGAAAAGGAAAAGGUUUAGUUUGUUUCCUCCAGAUAUACAUUUAUUAACCUAAUGAUUUUUUUUUAAGAAAAUGUUUAACCCAGAUCUGGUUAUGUAUGUUCAUUGCCCUAAACUGUGCUGAUUGUGUCUAAUCGAGUUAUAAAUUUUCAACACUGAUCAUGUAUUUACCAACUUCCUGGCAUUUUCUGAAAGGCGUCAAGUGAAUACUAGAUUUGCUUAGAAUAGGUUAUCAAUUUAUACACUGUGCUAAAGCUGUGCCUUUGAAAUUCUCUGUUUAAAACGUGAGAUGAUUUUUGUAGGCAGGUUCAGAAAAGAAAAAAAAAAAAAUCCCACUCUUCAAUAAUUACUUACAACUCAGCAAAUGCCCCCUGCCAUACUGCCUCUUCCAGUGACUUGACUUCAGGGCUGACCAGAUCUGUGACUGCACCCCGUGGUAUGUGGGUUGACUCUCGAACACACAAGGUGACAGCAAGUUGGAAUCCUGGGAAGCCAGCAGCAAGGCCAUUCUGCUCAUCUGCGGACUUCUCAUAGUUGUUAUCCUCAACAGAUGAUGUCAACGGCAAUGUGCCCUGUUGUCCAAAUCUGUUUUUUGUGUGUUUAAAUGAAUGGAGAUGGUGAUUUAAUACCCCCACCCGUAAUUCAUUCUGGCAUCAAGUCCCUCUCAGUGUUCUGAAGUUCUGCUGUGGUUUCUUUGAUCCACAAUUACAGAAGUGAGACCCUGAAGUGAAGAGAAGGUACCCGUACAUUAUUUGAGUAACUGUUUCCUUUGUGGCCAAACUGUGUAUGCUUUUAGAAGUUUACAAAAUGCUUUAUUUUUGUCUGUAACAGUCUCUGUCUUCCAUUUCUGUUGGUCAACUCCUGGGACAGAGUGAGGACGUUUGCCUUGUAUUUCCUAGUGCUAACAGUACACUCCAGUCAUGAGCCAGGCUUUACGAAAUAAAGCACUUUGAUGACUCACAA